GACAGGUCACAAUGAUUUGGCAGAGCCUUUCCUUUGCUGUAUGUGUGCUGACUUUUUGGACUAUUGGACACGCUACAGGCUGUGGUGAUCGACAGAUCCGGAUAAAUGGACGGUGCUGCAAUCUGUGCCCCCCAGGUACUUAUAUGGCAGAGUUCUGCUCUGACAAAGAGCAAACUGUCUGCAUUUCUUGUCAAGAGGGACAUUUUUCAGAUCACUACUCUGUUUUUGACAGAUGUGAGCCAUGCCAGUCUUGCCAACAAGAAUAUUCUGAGAAAUGUACUCCGACCACAAAUGCGACCUGUUCUUGUCGCUCUGGUUUCCUGUGUUCCAACAGCAUCUGCUCAAUUUGUGAGGAAAACAAAUGUGUCACGGGUGAGAAACCGAAGAGGACAGAAAUUUCAUCAGGUGCAGGGGUGACAAAGUAUUCAUAUCACUGUGAGCCUUUAUGCCCUGAGAAUGCAUACUUUGAUGCAGGACGGAAUAGCUGCCAGUCAAUAAUACCGUGCAGUAUGUUGGAACGUGCCGAACGGUUUCCAGGGAACAAAACACACCCACCGGUUUGUGAUAAACCUGAUGUGCACAGAGACUCGUCCACUCAUGUGAUUCUUGGCAUCGGCUUUGUUUCACUCUCUGUCAGCCUCCUUCUGGUUCUGUCUUAUACCUGCAUGAAGAACCAAAGGCAGCACGCAAUAAAUAAAAGCCCUGUCCUAGCAGCCUCUACAAACAACAAUGAGUUUCAUCUGUCAAAGGAGGAAAGUGGACACCAGCUCAUCAGCCAGACAGAAUCCAAAGACAGCAACAGUUUGGACCAAGUGCACCUGGAAAAAGUCAUCUCUUUGUGACAAUAAGUCUAAGAUACCAUGGUCAGUGUGUUCAGCCACAAGCACAGUGAUAAUAUCUAUGUAAUCGCAUAAGUUAUGUAACUCAGUAUCAAUACAAAUGCAAACAUGGAGAUGGAGAAGUGUGCUAAGGUUGCAGUUGUGGACUUGUUGAAAAGUUUGAAAGGUUGAUCUCCAGUGGGAUUUUUCUCAGAAGGAAAGUGAAAGACCAGUACUUGUCCUUACGCCAUUAUCAUUGUGGAGGUGUCUUUAAGCAAAUUGUGUAACCUCAGUCUACUUGAGUGGAGCUUCUGAAUAGAUCACAUGAAGAUUAUGAGUGUGGAGACCAAGAAUAGUAAGUAGAAAUACUGAAGUGUAAUGUGGAACAAUUUUGGUGUCCACUGUCCACUGAACUACUAAAAAUGUGCCUCUAAAAAAAUCUUCUGGAAAAUCAAAUUUAUUUUAGAAAAACAUACAUGUUUAUAUUUGCAACAAUCCUACCUCUCUUUUUUUGUAAUGUGAUAAGGAUAAUUUGUGGCUGUGGGAGUUUGCUGUAGAUAACAGCUCCUGCCUUAAUGAAAGUAGAAUCACUCAAUACUAAUAGAAUUUUGGGGGAAAAUUUUAUAACAUGUCACUGUCCUGGAGUGUGACACAUCUGAUCCACCAACUCAUUUUGUGCUCACUGUGAAGUGCUUUAAUGUCUUUUUGGAAGAAGAAAUACUUGCUUUGUAUAUGUUAAACUGUCAACUAGAUGGUUAUUGACAGACACGUAUGAAUCCUUUUCUUCUACCAACAUGAGAAAACGAUACGAGUUUUCUCAUUAACAGGAGAAAUGCUUCUUCAAGAACCAUUUCAUUUUAUAAAUAGCUUAUUUGAACUAUAAGGCUCACACUUGAUUACAACAUCAUGUGAAUGAUUGUCAUUACGAUGAUUUACAAAAUAAAAUCAUUGCAUAAGACAUAUAAAUAUUUUCUUUUUUGAAGCUUCUUUUUGGUCUGAUUUGUUCCUUAAAAAAAGGAAUAAUUAAGUUUAGAGAAAUGUGAAACUUCUUGUAAUCAAAGGUGAGCAGAUUUUUUUUCUGAUUAAAAUGUGAUAUUUUCCAUAUUUAAAGAUUUUCAUGAUGAAAAGAAAUGCAACAGUGUUUAGGCGUCAGAUGAAAAUGAGUGUUUUGUUUUUUGUGGAAAUUAUUACAUAUAAUUAAAACUGUGUGAUUGGCACUGAUGUUGUCAUAGCAACAAGGAAAUAUUUUCAUUAUAACAACAUGCAAAAAUGAGAAAAGCUGUAAUCAAACCGUUAUAUGUGAUGUAUAUAGUUAUAUAUGCCAUGAACAGAGCUGAAAUGUUGAGGUUUUGAGUUGUACAUGCACUUUUUUUUUUUUUUUUUUUUUUUAAAGAAAAUGACUAAUCAGUAACAUUUGGUAAAUUACAGAAACAUUUCGUGCUGUGAAAACUGACACAUUGGACUGCUGGUUUAGCAUCGUCCCCUCAUAGCUAGAAGACCCCCUGUUCACGUCCUGGCCUGGGAUCUUUCUGUGUGGAGUUUUCAUGUUCUCCCUGUGCAGCGUGGGGUUUCACUGGGUUCUCCCCGAGUCCAAACACAUGCUGAGGUUUACUGGUGAUUCUAAAUUGUCCGUAGGUGUGAAUGCAAGUGUGCUUGGUUGCCUGUCUCUCUGUUUGUAGCCCUGUGAUAGACUGGCAACCUGUCCAGAGUGAACCCGCCCACGAGGAUUAAGUGGUCUACAGAUGAUGGAUGGAUGGAUGUACAUCAAAAAAAUUUGGCUAAAUGUUGUAAGGAAAGAUGAUUUUGGUGUAUUAAAAACAACAUAGCUGAUGUUGUAAUUGUGGAUUUUGCAAUAUUUACAAAAAUGUAACAGAUAUAGUCCUCUUAUUAAAUGCUAUGAACCUGUUGUAUUAAAAGGUGAGUUGUUUUAUAUCGAUUAAAAUGUGAUAAUGUC